ACGUUCUUUGCAAACGUCAGAAAAAACGAAGUAAUCUAGACAAAAGUUAUAAAAAGUAAAUAAGACUUUUCUGAUUCGUAAGCAUAUAAAAAUUUAUAAGGCUAAAUUCGUAAUAAAAUACGUGAACAAAAAUUUAUAGUUAAGCCUAUGCAAAAAAACAUUUUGCGAUGUAAAUGAUACAAAAAUAUCCAAAACAUUUGUAAUAUAUAUAAAAAUAUUUUGUGUUGACUUUACGGAUAAUUGACGAAAUGGAUGACAAUUUAUGGCUUAUAGAACUAGAGUCAGCGCUCUUAGAUGAUUGCAAUGUUAACGAUAUAUAUGCUAUUUGCCGAGGUAAAGCUAUUCCCGAAUCACUGCGUCCUGACGUGUGGCAAGUGUGCCUUGAUGUACGUCAUAAAAGCGAUCAAAUGUCGUUGUUCAAUGAAAUUUUCGAUUUACCUUUUCAAAACACGUUACGAGAGGAUUGUCAAUUGAUUGUAGAUCGUAUUGGAAAUGAUGAUGAAGACAAGGUUUCUGUAAUUUCCGAUUUAGAGUCGAUUCUCACGUUUUAUUGUAAAAAUAGAAAUUUUUUGUAUGAGAGUGACAAUGGAUGGAUUGAACUAUUAUUACCUUUAUUGGCACUAAAGUUGAAUCGAUCUGACACAUAUAAUCUAUUCGAGGCAAUAAGAGACACAUACAUACCCAAGGGUUGCAAACCAAAAGGAAAUGUGUUUCACGUUUUCCGCUUACUUAUACUAUAUCAUGAUCCUGAAUUAUGUACAAUGUUAGAUACGAAAAAAAUUACGCCAGACUUGUACUCAAUGCAAUGGUUCCAGUGUUUAUUUGCUUCGAGUUGCAGCCUUACUGUCAUUCUCUCGAUGUGGGAUUUAUACUUUCAGCAUGCAGAUCCCUUUAUGGUUUUCUUCUUGGGAUUGAUUAUACUUGUCAACGGACGUGACCUAAUAUUAGGAAUGAAAGAUGCAACAAAAGAAGAAUUAAUAAAAUUUCUUUCAAAUAUGCCUUGUGCUUUGGAACCAGAUGAUGUUGCAGACUUUUGCUCGUUAGCACAAUACUACUCGCUUAAAACCCCUAGUUCAUUUAAAACCGACUUUUUAAAAGCUCUUUAUGGUUCACAAAGUGAAAAGGGACCACAUAAUGAACCAUGUAGUGUUUCACAGGCUUUGUGUCUUCCAGUCUCCGUAUAUGAAUUAGUAGAGAAUUCGUCUUUAGAAUUAAAUACAUCCGACACAGUGCGUUUUUUCUUGGUUGAUUGUCGGCCGGCAGAUCAAUACAAUGCCGGACACCUUUCAACUGCAUUUCAUCUUGAUUGUAAUUUAAUGUUACAAGAACCCGUCGCUUUUUCUACCGCUGUACAAGGACUUUUGAAUGCACAGCGCCAAGCAAUUGAAGCCAACUCUAAUGCGGGAGGCGAACACCUUUGUUUCAUGGGAAGUGGCCGUAUGGAGGAAGAUCAAUAUACGCAUAUGGUGGUCGCCUCAUUUUUGCAAAAGAACACCCAGUACGUAUCGUUGUUGACUGGAGGGUACAUGUCUAUUCAUGAUUAUUUCGGAGACCACAUGGCAGAUUGCCUAGAGGACCAUAAUGUUAAAAAAUGCAUUGUUUGCUCCAAAAAUAAUGUCGAAAUUAGGAAUUCAGGAAGACCAAGACAAACACAAGAGGAAAAACGAGAUUCUCAAGCACGACCAACCUCCGAUAUAUUUAGUCGCUUUUCUGCAGUGAUGAAAUUGAAAUCCUCUGAAGUGAAGGACAAGCUUUUCGAUAUCAUCACUAAUCCAUCAAAUGGAGUUGGUUCGGCAGCCAAUUCGCAAGGGAACUUGGGCCAGACGACCAUUCAAGAUCGACAUGUUUCGGCCACUGAACGCAAUGGAAAGCGGUAUCGUAAUGUAGCACCGGUAUUUAGCAUUGACGACGAGAAUGAUGAGCAUUAUAACGACAACGAAGUGAAAGAUUCCCCGGAUUUGGCCAGUUCCAAACUGUCUGGUGACGCCAAGGAAAUUGUCAGUUUAACUCAGUAUUUAAAGUCACCAGAUAUAAUUAAUGCGUUCCGAUGUCAGGAAGUUCACAUGAAUGGAUAUAUGUAUGAUAGUCAUUUAAUAAUAUCGGCGACGCACUUAAUUGUAUUACGAGAACUUGGGCGCGGGCAAGCUCAGAUUAUAGUUCGUCGUCCCCUAUCAAGUAUAGUUAAAAUAACCGCAAAGAAACGUCACCGCGACUUGAUAACAUUCAAAUAUGGAUUCCCCGAUGGAGAUGGACUACUUAUAACUGACAUGGACCGAUUCCUAAUUCCAAACGCAAGUGAAGCUACAGCAAUUGUAUCAAAACACAUUGUUCAAACACUAGACGGCACUAAAUUAACGUAAUGCAACAAUACAAUAUUUCAUUUUCAUCUAACAGAUAAUUGGAUUGAGUAAUGAAGGUUUAUAGGUUUUGUUUAUUUUGUAAAAAAACGUAUUAUCUAUAUAUAUAAAUAAUAUAAACAUAUAAAAAUGAGAAACAUCAAUAUGUGAAUAUCAAAAGAAACAAAAAUGCAUCAAUUUAUUUUUGUUAUUUUACAGGAAAUUGUGAAUUCCAGCGUAUCUAUCUAUAUUAAACCAAAGAUCUACUAACAAGUGGAUACUUUAUUUAUUCAUACAUAUAUAUGCCGGAUAUUAUUACGGAAACAGUCAAGUAAAGAACUAAGUAGAGUGGAUUUGCAUUCAUACAAUAUCAUUAUUACCAGCAGCUUAUGAAUUAUGUAUGCAUUUUACUUCCGCCUGACCACACUGUACUUACUUCCUUACCUAUAUUUAUUUCAUAAUUAUACUUCAAAAACUUUAAACUGUAGUGCAACCUUUGAUUGUAUAUAGAGUCAUGUAUUUUUAAAUGAUAGGGUUCUUUCAAAGAAUACAUCCCCUCAACGGUGCAGUAAUGUUGAACGUAUAUUUGAUGUAAAAAUAGUCGUAUACCUAGCAAGCAAACAAUUUACAUAUGUAUGUACUAGAAAAUAAGUAAUAUACAUAUGUACGUCAGAUACACUAAAACAAUGUCUCGAAAUAAAAUACUAUUUUGUGUAUUUCUGCCUUA